AUGUUGUUGGAGAACAGACGUGGUGGUGGGGGAGAGGAGAUCUGGUUCGGGAUGGAGGAAACAGGAGCGGAGAUCAGAGAAUUUCUACGGUGGGAGCUCGGUGAUGGUUUUGGAACUGAGGCUAACGAUUCAGUAACGGUAACAAACUUUUCCACUACGGUUAAAUUGCUUGUUGUGAUUGUGGUGUUAGGGGGUGUUUGGGUGACUCUGGAGAUGCAAAAGCGAAUAUCAGAAACUGAAAUAGAAACUGAAAUAGUGAAACGAGAAGGAAGGAAAUGGAGGAAAGUGGCGAUUGUGCAGAGAAGUAGCGUUACAGUUGGUGGAGGAAAGAGUAACGGUGAGGAUGAUGUCAAAGCUUUAAGGUGA